UGUAAUGAAGCGGGUGACAUCAGAAAACUACAAUUUCCUAACAGAUGCGAGUGAAGUUCGUACUUCGGCGCAUCAUAAUCGUCACGACCUCGGCUCCUCCCCGUGCAGCGGCCACUGACCAUAUCCUGGCGAUCGCCGAGCGAGCCCAUUGUACCGCAAACGAUCCUCCCAUUGGCUGAGAUACCGGCACUCUGAGAAGCAGCGCCGUGAUUGGCUAGUUUGUCUACGAGACGAUUCGCAGUCUGUCUUGUAUAUGGCGUUGCUGGUCGGCUGUAACUACCAUCUAAUCCUUUUAAUUUCUGAAUGAAAAUGGUUUAAGUCCGCCCCUUUGUUGCAUUUUAGUCGAACUGUAAUGUAUUUCUCGCUUAGUUUCGAGGGAAUUUGAAACUGGCUUAGUUUUAACUGUAUUUUGUACAUAGUAUUUUUAAGAGACUGUAGCCUGGUUAGCAUCUUUGUUCAGAAGUUUAGGCCUACUGUUCUUCCGCUGGCAUCAUCAUACAAUAACAGCCGUCUGCUUGCUCGCUCGCGCUGCAUUGCUGAAAACACAACAUGGAAUAUCAAACGCUUUUGCUAGUUUGCGACAACUGAGGCGCCGUGUUUGUUGGACGAGUACUAUCGCUGAAAUUGAGGACAUUUAGCAGGCUACAUCUCAAUUUAAAUCCACAAAGGAAAAUGUCCAACGGCGCAGCAGGAAGCGGGGGACAAGCUUGGCUGGAGGCAGCCAAUGGACAAGGUGAUGUCAUUAAGAUGGAUGGGGCCAAGAAGGAUAAGGCCAAUUCCAAACUGUCUGUUGAGCGGGUUUACCAAAAGAAGACCCAGCUGGAGCAUAUUCUCCUGCGCCCAGACACCUACAUUGGCUCGGUGGAGCCCAUUACACAACCAAUGUGGGUGUUUGAUGAAGAAGUGGGCAUGAACCAGAGAGAGGUCACAUAUGUUCCUGGGCUUUACAAAAUCUUUGAUGAAAUUCUUGUGAAUGCAGCAGAUAACAAACAGAGAGACAAGAACAUGACAGCUAUCAAGAUCACUAUCGAUCCAGAGUCAAAUACAAUUUCUAUCUGGAACAAUGGCAAAGGUAUACCAGUUGUGGAGCACAAGGAUGAAAAAAUGUAUGUCCCUGCCUUGAUCUUUGGACAUCUUCUGACAUCCAGCAACUAUGACGAUGAUGAAAAGAAGGUCACUGGUGGAAGAAACGGCUAUGGUGCUAAACUCUGCAACAUCUUCAGCACGAAGUUCACUGUGGAAACAGCUUGUAAGGAAUACAGACACAGUUUCAAACAGACCUGGCAGAACAACAUGUCCAAGACGUCGGACCCUAAAAUUAAGUUCUUUGAUGGAGAUGACUUCACCUGCGUCACAUUUCAGCCAGAUCUAUCCAAGUUCAAGAUGGAGAAACUGGACAAGGACAUCGUAGCACUUCUGACACGGCGCGCAUAUGAUGUAGCUGGGUCCUGCAGGGGUGUGAAGGUUAAUCUGAAUGGCAAACGGCUACCUGUAAAUGGCUUCCGUAGCUAUGUUGAUCUGUAUGUAAAGGACAAGCUGGAUGAGACGGGAGUUGCCCUGAAAGUUGUGAAUGAGACGGUGAAUGACCGCUGGGAGGUUUGUCUCACCAUGAGUGAGAAAGGAUUCCAACAAAUCAGCUUUGUCAACAGUAUUGCCACUACCAAGGGUGGCAGACACAUUGACUACGUAGUUGAUCAAAUUGUGGCCAAACUCAUUGAGGUGGUGAAGAAGAAGAAUAAGGCAGGCGUGUCAGUUAAACCCUUUCAGGUGAAGAACCACAUAUGGGUAUUUGUUAACGCCCUCAUCGAAAAUCCUUCCUUUGACUCUCAGACCAAGGAAAACAUGACCCUGCAGACUAAGAAUUUUGGGUCCAAGUGUCCACUGUCAGAGAAGUUCAUCAAGGCUGCCACCAACUGUGGGAUAGUGGAGAGCAUCCUAAACUGGGUCAAAUUCAAAGCACAGACUCAGUUGAAUAAGAAGUGCUCCUCAGUGAAAUACAGCAAAAUCAAGGGCAUCCCAAAGUUAGAUGAUGCCAACGAUGCGGGUGGCAAACACUCCUCUGAGUGCACACUGAUCCUGACUGAGGGAGACUCGGCCAAGUCGCUGGCUGUCUCUGGAUUGGGAGUCAUUGGAAGGGAUCGAUAUGGAGUUUUCCCUCUCAGAGGCAAAAUCCUUAACGUCAGAGAAGCCACCCACAAGCAGAUCAUGGAAAAUGCAGAAAUCAACAACAUUAUCAAAAUUGUUGGCCUUCAAUACAAAAAGAGCUACGAUGAUGCAGAGUCUUUAAGAACACUGCGCUAUGGCAAGAUCAUGAUCAUGACUGACCAGGAUCAAGAUGGCUCCCACAUUAAAGGUCUACUGAUCAACUUCUUCCAUCACAACUGGCCGUCUCUCCUCAAACACAAUUUCUUGGAGGAGUUCAUCACACCAAUUGUCAAAGCGACCAAGAAUAAACAGGAGGUGGCCUUCUACAGUAUUCCAGAAUUCGAUGAGUGGAAGAAAAACACAGAAAACUAUAAAACAUGGCAUAUAAAAUACUACAAAGGUUUAGGUACAAGUACAAGUAAAGAGGCAAAAGAGUACUUUGCAGACAUGGAGAAGCAUCGUAUCUCAUUUAGAUACAGUGGUGCAGAGGAUGAUGCUGCCAUCACACUGGCCUUCAGCAAGAAGAAGACGGAUGACCGAAAGGAGUGGUUAACCAACUUCAUGGAAGAUAGACGUCAACGGCGGCUUCACGGUCUUCCCGAGCAAUACCUGUAUGGAACUGGCUCCAGACAUCUGUCUUACAACGACUUCAUCAACAAGGAGCUGAUUCUCUUUUCUAACUCUGACAAUGAGAGGUCCAUUCCAUCUCUGGUGGACGGCCUGAAGCCCGGUCAGAGAAAAGUUCUUUUCACUUGCCUGAAGAGGAACGACAAGAGAGAGGUAAAGGUGGCCCAGCUAGCUGGAUCUGUGGCUGAGAUGUCAGCUUACCAUCAUGGAGAGCAAGCCCUCAUGAUGACCAUAGUGAACUUGGCUCAAAACUUUGUGGGCAGCAACAAUGUCAACAUUUUGCAGCCACUGGGUCAGUUUGGUACUCGAAUCAAUGGAGGCAAAGAUGCUGCCAGCCCUCGUUACAUCUUCACUAUGCUGAGCCCUCUUGCCAAACUGCUGUUCCCAGCAGUGGACUCCCACAUGCUCAAGUUCUUGUAUGAUGACAACCAAAAGGUUGAGCCUGAGUGGUACAUUCCCAUCAUCCCCAUGGUGCUGGUGAAUGGUGCUGAAGGCAUCGGUACUGGCUGGGCCUGCAAGAUACCCAAUUAUGACCCCAGAGAGAUCGUCAAUAACAUCAACAGGAUGCUUGAUCACCAAGAGCCUCUGCCAAUGCUUCCAAAAUACAAAAACUUCCGAGGGGUGAUCCAUGAACUCGGGCUGAACCAGUACCUUGUCAGUGGAGAAGUGUCCAUUAUUGACAAGAAUACCAUUGAGAUCACAGAGUUGCCCAUCAGGACAUGGACUCAGGCUUAUAAGGAGUCGGUGUUGGAGCCGAUGUUGCUAGGCAGCGACAAGACCCCAGCACUGAUCAAUGACUAUAAGGAGUACCACACGGACAGCACGGUGAAGUUUGUGGUUCGCAUGUCUGAGGAGAAACUGGCUCAGGCAGAGGCUGCUGGGCUUCACAAAAUCUUCAAACUGCAAUCCACUCUCACCUGUAACUCCAUGGUGCUGUUUGAUCACAUGGGUUGCCUGAAACGAUAUGAUUCAGUACAAGACAUCUUGAGAGAGUUCUUCGAGCUGCGGCUGCAGUACUACAAACUGAGGAAGGAAUGGUUGAUUGGCAGUCUCGGAGCAGAUGCAAGCAAACUGUCCAACCAAGCCCGCUUUGUCCUGGAGAAAAUUGAAGGGAAGAUUACCAUUGAGAAUAAAUCCAAGAAGGACCUGAUCCGCAUGCUGGUCCAGAAGGGCUACGAGUCAGACCCUGUUGCUGCCUGGAACAAGGCUCAGGAGAAGGCUCACGAAGAAGACAAAGAUGGAAAUGAAAGUGACAGUUCAGUGGACUCGGGCUCCUCAUCAGGACCCAAUUUCAACUACAUCCUCAAUAUGCCUCUGUGGUGCCUGACCAAGGAGAAGGUGGAGGAACUGCUGAAGCAGAGGGACCAGAAGAGAAGAGAACUGAAUGAUGUUCAGAAGAAUAGUCCUGAAGAUCUUUGGAAGGAGGACCUGGCCGUGUUUGUCCAGGAGCUGGAAAACCUGGAGUCUCAGGAGCGAGAAGAGCAGAGUUCAGGAAAGGCCAUCAAACUGGUCAAAGGUAAAGUGGGAAAACCCAAAGUGAAAAAGUUGAAUCUCGAGGAGACGCUUCCCUCACCAUUCGGCCGUAGAGUGGAACCUCCAACGCAGCAGCUCAAAUCUGAUGCUGCCAAGAAGCUCACCAAGAAAAAGAAGAGUGAUAUUGACGCAGUGGUGAAGGGAGAGUUUGAUGAAGAGUCGCCAGGUGUUGAGGGUGCUACCGGCGAAAACCCUGGUCCGAAACCAAAGACUCAGCGAGUGAAGAAGGAAAAGAAAGAACCAGGAACUCCCCGGGUCCGGAAAACUCCACAGCCCAGAGGAACACCUGCCAAGAAGGUGAAGAAGAGGAACCCGUGGUCUGAUGACGAGUCCAAUUCUGCCAGCGACCUGGACGCAGAACCAAUCAUCCCCAGAGAAACCAAGUCACAGAGAGCAUCUGCUUCAAAGCCAAAAUACACCUUCGACUUCUCAGAGGAGGAAGGCGAUGAUGAAGAAAAUGGCAACGAUGACAUGGCUUCCUCACCCAUACGGUCGUAUAAGGAUGAACUUCCUGCAACCAAUACUGACGAUGAAGAUGAUGCAGACACCUUCUCUCCAUCCAAGCAAAGAAACUUGCCUGAACUUGAAGCCAAGAACAAAACCACCAGCAGCGUUUUUUCCUCCUAUAAGUCCAACUUCUCCGAAAAGAGUGAUGACAGUGACACCUUGAAAUCUGACGCUGAGGAUGAUGACAAUCCUGUCUUCUCCUCGUUCUCCAGCAGCUCUGCAUUUGAAAAGUCUGUAAAGCAAGCUGCAGCUAAAAAGCCAGCAGCUGCUGCUCCAAAACCCAGAAAGCCACCAGCACCAAAAGGCAAGAAACCUGAUAAAUCCGUCUGGGACUCGGACUCAGACACAGGCUUCAAGUCACAACCAAUAACCAGUAAAGGAAAAGCACGAGGAAGGAAGAGGAAGGGCUCUGACUCUGGUGAUGACGAGUUCAGCCCUGUGAAAAAGACUGCGAAGCCUGUAGCACGGAAGCCUCAGAAGCAGCAGUCCGACGAUGAAGAUGUCAUCAACAGUCAGAGUAGGACGAAGACAUCAACCACUGAGCGAGUCGGGCGUGCCAAGAAAGAGUUGAAGUACUUUGAAGAGUCAGACAAUGAAGAAGACGACGAUGGAGACAUGUUUGACUGAAGUGCUCCAAACACUCUGUGUUCUCACAGGCUUUUGUACAUUCAAGUUCCUUUUUUAUUUUUCAAUUCUGGUGAAGUUAACUAUUUUGUCUGUGUCAGUGUUUUCACAUUUUUUAUUAUGUGUUUACAAGUUUCUUUUUCUAAGCUCAUUGCAAUGUUCCAUGUUUGUCCUGACCAGCUUUUAGAAGUUUAGAAUGCUGUGAUCGAGCACAUUUAACUGUUCAGGAAAUAUGUUGUAACUUUUUGAACCUGAAGUUGGAAGUAAACCGAAAAAUGUCUCUGCUAUGGUCAUCUUGCC